AUGAACGCUGAAGACGGUGCAAAGCCCUGGGAGCAGUGUCCUCACUGCAAAGAGAUAUUCGGCCCGGUAUACGACAAGCGGGUUAAGCUGUCAAGCUUCGUGGCGUCCAAGUGUGCAAGAUGCUGGGCAGUGAGGGAAAUUCUUUCGUGCGUAACAGACACCGCGAACCCAGGGACGGAACUGGUUGGUAGUAUCUGGCAUGACAACACGUUGGAGAUUGGCGUCAUCGCACCAGAGGACAGCUUUGAGACAGCAAAAGGAUAUAAAAUAUACAUUGUUGCUGAUUCUGAAAAGUACGCCAGGUCGGACUCUAGGCUAGGAAUACCCAUUGCCUACACGCCUACACAUAGAGACUACCGCCCAAUAAAGGACUCCGACGCAGAACGCAUUUCCGUAGCCAAGGGAUGGCUUGCAGAUUGCGUGGCUUCGCACGAUAUUUGCAAUGCAGAGCAUCAAGAAUAUGAAUGGCCUAGGCGCGUUCUUGAUAUCUCACAGGGUGAUGUGGUACGGCUGGUCAGCAUGGAACACCCUCCCCCCGGAGCAACAUAUGUCGCUCUCAGUUACUGUUGGGGGCGGAGAGGCGGCAACCUGUGCACAUACGAGAGCAACUUGGCUCAGCAUAUAAAAGGCAUUCCCUUGACAUCCCUUCCUCAAACUAUCAGGGACAUUGUCUCUGUCUGCAAGCAGCUCGGGCAGCAGUAUCUGUGGGUCGAUGCCUUGUGCAUCAUCCAGGAUGACCCAGCCGACAAGAUGGCUCAGAUACCGCUGAUGGCAGACAUUUAUUCGGGAGCGCUCCUGGUCAUCUCUGCUGCAGGCACCGCUGAUGUUCUAGAAGGCUGUCCACUUGGGCCACCUGAGUUGCAGCCUAUCCAGCCAAAGGUGUUCGAGUUGGAGUAUCCCCAACAUAUAGAAGCAGACUCCAAGAAUACAACAGCCGGCAAAGUAACGGUAGUCAUAGAGCGGAUGGAGCACGAGCGUUGUCGACGCCUGCCGGGCCACUGGGCGCGCGAGACAUUCGACCAGGACGGCGUGGAUCUGCUAAACACCAUCGAAGACCGCGCAUGGACGUUCCAAGAACGUUUCCUGGCUAAGAGAGCUCUUUAUACCGGCAAAGGCGAGCUAUCGUGGACUGAGGACGGCGACCGCGUGUUUAACCAUCGAUCCUGCAUCGGCCAUGUCUCUACAAAGAGGCUGUUCUCCGAUUCAAACAAGGACCUUUACAAGACCUUUUCGUAUCUGUGGACCGAGAUCGUCACAAUGUACUCUGCGCGUCUGCUAACGCAGUUCACAGACCGCGUCGCAGCACUCGAGGGUUUGUCUGCGGCUUUCAGCAGACGAUGGCCUGACGUUUAUGCAAGAAAAGACUAUGUCUUUGGGUGCUGGGAACCUUUCCUGAGGGACCUUUUAGUCUGGUCUGUUCUCCGGAGAGGAACCGGUUUCCGAGAAUAUAAAGAGAGGCCUCUUCCCAUCCCGGGCAUGGCCGUCAAGCGGGAGGGCUGUAAGCUUUACGAGCUGGGUGUGCGAGGCCAGCCGGCUGACGAAGUAUUCGGCAGUGGAAAGGGAACAAUGACGAUACGGGCUCCUUUGAUUGCUUGCACAGGAGAAGUACCCGUAUUCGACGAUGGCAGCCAAGGAGAUGACGUUGUCUAUAUGGCCCUAGAUGCCAAACUGCCUUUUCUAAAGGGAUACCCAUCCCUUGACGAUCCAAGUCAAAAAGAGGAAUGGAAGACGGUGACGCACAUGAUUUUGCUCGCGAGUUACCCAUUCACGCCGCAAGGCUCGUCGCGUCCAUUGUCGUUUGCUCUCCUCUGCGUCGCUCCUGUCCCAGGCAAAGAUGAGUUUCGCCGCAUUGGUAUGAUGACAACUGUGCGACCAAAAAGAACGUUUGAGGCACAUGAGUUCGAUGAGCUGCUUUUGCCGCAUAUGUCUGAUGUUAAACUUGUAUAA